UUCUUGCUUAGACACUUAAAACCGCUCGUAUAUUAUUGCUCACUGGUUUGGCAUUAUGAACUGGCCAAAAAGCCGACCUCAUUGCAUCACUGUUGUUCUCAUGUAUGUUAUUUCUAAAGGAUUCCUACCUUCAGUACAAUUCAAUAUGGUGAAUCUGACUUCGCAUGUGCUGAAAGCGGCGGAUUGCCGUUACAGCUCCCUGGGUCGAGCCGUGAUUCCGAAUAGCAAGCAGACUGUGGCCUUCCGAGAGCGGAUUCCCUUGGCCUUGAGAAAUCAUGUCAAAAUUUCAGGAACAUUCAAGCAACAGAAAGUGUGUGUCAACGAAAUGGUUGAAAUGAUGUCUUGCUUGCAAAAAGUUGACCAAAAUGAGGCCAUGUGCCAAAAAGAGAUCCAAAACUUCCAAAAGUGCUACAACGGUUUCGUGAAUGCAACAAAUGUAGCACGCAAAGCCGGGAAGCCCAAGGACAUUCAAACGGGAAACAAUGUCAAGCUAUCUUCCAUCCAAGUCACGGAUAUCAUUCGUGAUUUCCCUACCAGCAAACGAACCCGGGUGUUUUAUUAUGAGAAACCGCCCAAUCGGACCUACUAAUAAAAACACAUUAUCCGUCAGUCAUUGUUGAAUAAAGAGCUCCAGAUCACUUUCUGUGAA